AGGGUUGUUUCGUAAUUAUAACAAAAUUAAAUAAUUGCACGUAGUCGGCACGUGUGUAGAAUUGAAACUCGGAGUUGCCGAAGUGGCGGACAGAUGUUCCAAAUUUAAGCGCCAAAAAAUGAAAAAUAAAAUUUAUUCCAUUUUUGGAGCCAACUUUUUCCCUCUCACAGGCGGGAGAAUUAUAUUCUUGAUUACUAAAAUUAAAUCACAUAAAAUUAAAGCUCUAGUUCCGAGGAGGGUUUUCUCUUUCAAUCGGUGCAUUUCUUCCUUUCAUUUUUUCAUCAAACCCUCGAUUUCUUUCGAAGAAAAUCGUUUACUUGAUUUUCGGAUCUAGGGUUUUCAUUUUCCCGGUGAAAAAAGUUAAGAAAUUGCGGAAAUUGAUUCAUUGCAUGCAUUAAUGGCGGAAGUUGAACCGAUGAUAAUUGACGGCGGCGACGGGAGGAAGCCCAUGGCCGACGGGCCGGGCCAGAAGAAGAGGCAACUGAAGAGGAAAAGAGUGGAGCCAUGUUUGUCAUCCACACCAAGCCCGGAAGAAAAAACCGCGAAAAUUACCGAUUUCCGUAGCGAAAUCGACAGCCUUGUUCGAUUCUGCAAAGACUUAGUCCGGGAAAAUAGAGGGGUAUUGUUGGAAAAUGUGGAGGGAGUUGGGGUUUCUUCUGGUUCAUUGAAUGGUGUGAUUGCGUGUUUGAUGGAAGAGAGUGAUCUUUCUCUGUCGAAGAUUGUCGACGAGAUUUUCGAGAAAGUUAGGGGUAAAUUUGGAAAUAGUGACGGCGUUACGAAAGCUAGUGUGAAGAGUAGUGUGCUUUUAAUUGGGCAGAGGUUGUGCUAUGGUGUGAGUGAGGCCGAUGCCGAUGUUUUGGAGGAUGAAGCUCCGUGUGCUCUUUGGUGUUGGGAGACGAGAGAUUUGAAGAUGAUGCCGAAACUAACGCGUUCGUCUCUGAAAGUCCGGCGCACUUGUCGGAAAAAGAUCCAAGAGAGGAUUACGGCUCUUUUGGCGAUGAUAAAUGCACUGGAAAAGGCGGAGAAUCAUCCCAAUUGUCUGCAAGAAUUGAUGAAAGCUUCGGAAAAGCUCAACAAAGUUUUAAACGAGGCGGAUAUCCGGUUGUUAGUGGAGAACAUGUCACAUAAAAGUGGUGCUGAAGUGGCCGAGAAGGAAGCAAAGAGGGACGAGAGACUACUAAUCAAACAAAUGGAGAAGUCCAAACGAGAAAUGGAGAAAGAGAGGAAGAAGAUCGAUCGGGAACUUCAGAAGGAAAAAUUGCAAAGUGAAAAAGAGCUAAAGCGGUUGCAUGACGAGGCAGAGAAAGAAGAGCGAAGGCGUGAGAAAGAAGAAAACGAUAUGCAGAAACAUUUGAAAAGGCAGCAAGAAGAAGCAGAGAAAGAUAAAAAACGCAAAGAAAAAGAAGAAGCCGAGUUAAGAAAACAGCUCGCCCUCCAAAAACAAGCUUCGCUUAUGGAACGCUUUCUGAAGAAAACCAAACCUACUUCAUCUUCUCCAAAUGACACUUCGAUGAAAAAAUCCGAGUCAUCAUCUCCCAAUAUACCCGAAGGAACAUCCGAGUCGGUUACUCAAGCCAUGGAUUCUGUACUGGCCAAAAAUGAUGGAGUCGAAGCUGAAGAUAUAUGGAAUUCUCACUUAAAUUCUUGGCGAUGCAUUGGGCGUUCGAUACAGUCAAACAGGAAAAUGCAUUGGGGCAUACGUAAGAACCCGAAGACUGAACUGGUCAAGGAAAUCAAGCUUACUACAAACAAAGAACUGACUUCUGAUGGUGACUUAAACAUGGAGGGGUCGUCUCAAACGAACAAUGUUAAUAGUCCUCUUCCUUGUGAUGAUAAGACGAGAAUUCGAGUUAAGAAGCUGUUGCAGUUUGAUAAGAGUCAUCGGCCUGCAUUUUAUGGUGUUUGGCCCAAGAAAAGUCAAGUUGUUGGUGGACGAAACCCCUUUGUUAAGGACUCGGAGAUAGAUUACGAUAUUGAUAGCGAUGAGGAGUGGGAAGAGGAUGAACCUGGUGAAAGCCUAUCGGAUUGCGAGAAAGAUAACGAAGAUGAAAGUAUGGAAGGGUGUUUAAAGGAUGACGAAGAAGACGAAGAUGAAAGUGAAGAUGGAUUCUUUGUUCCCGACGGAUAUCUCUCGGAAAACGAGGGAGUGAAGGUUGAUGAAAUGGAAUGUGACGACGAAGUGGUUGAGGAAGUGAGAAAUCUGCCUAAUUCCGAAGAGAAAGUGCAGAGUCAAGAGUUAUGUACAUUGUACAGACAACAGAAAUAUCUGAAUAAUUUGACCGAACACGCACUUAAAAAGAACCAGCCGUUGAUCGUAUUGAAUCUUGCGCACGAAAAAACCUCACUUUUAUCAGCUGAAGAGCUGACUGGGACAGACAAGAUUGAACGAACAUUCUUGCAAACUCUUUCUAUUCGCCCUAUGCCUGGUUUUUCAGACAUAGAAAUAUCUGUUUGUAAUGACGUGGUCGACGAGGAUAAAGAAGCUUCCUCUAACAAGGCAAGUACAACGCCUAUUGCUUCUGGUGCUGCUUUGCUGGAUUCUGAUAUGCCCCAGAUUAUAUCAGUCAUUCAGUCGUGCCCUCAUGGCAUUGGGAAAAUAGAGAAGUCGCUGUUUAGUAAGUUUCCAACUGUUCGAAAAUCCCAGUUAAAGAGUAAAGUGCGUGAAAUAUCUGACUUCUCCGAAAAUCGUUGGCAGGUUAAGAAAGAAAUUCUGAGCAAGUACGGCCUUUCUAUAUCACCAGAGAAGAGUUGUGGAAAGACGAAGAGCAUUGCCUCGUUCUUGAAAAGAUGCCUGCCUCCAUCGGUGGCCAAUACAAACUCGAGCGAAAAAUCUCCACAAUCUUCGAAGAAAGCUGCUUCCGUAGUCGAACAACAGAAGAACAAUUUGUGUUAAUGUUUUUGAUCAUCGUACUGCACAUGUAACUAAUCAUUUGAUGUUUUUUUUUGGUCUGAACAAGAUAUGGUGGUGGGCUUAUGAAAGAUAAGUUUUUCUUUAAUGCUAUAUGUAAGCAAAUGUGUAGUGGUAAGGAUUUAUUGGAAUAUUUUGGCUAUCAAGGAAAAUAACUAGUAGAAAUGUCUGGAAUGCCCUUUGUUUUUUUAUGAAAAAUGGUUCGAAAUUCGAA